AUGAUUCAGCGAUGGGUUACUAUAGAUCCAGAAUUUAUCAAAGGCGAACGCUACACUGAUGAGAAGGUUACUCCAAAGAACUGGAUCCCGGAACAAAAGAUGCUCAGGACAAACUUUGUCUUCUAUGUCAUGGUUGCAGGCAUAGUAGACCAGGCCUUUAGAGCAAUUCGCACUGUGGAUGAACUCCUAUCCACUGUUCCUCCCAAAGGGCGAGAGUCAUGGACUCUUGAAUGGAAUGAUACUGAAAAGAACUUGCCAGUACUUCGUAUGGUGACUCCUGAUGGUCCUCAUCCCACUCGCGGCUUGACCUUUUCAUCUAUACACUAUCAAUUUACAGCCCUAGCGCAACGGGAACAUUUCCGGGACCCGCUAAGGAUUCAUGGAAUUCGAGGCAGGGUAGCAGGUACUCUUGAUUCAAAGGCAUCUGAGGCAAUCCGCAGCCAGGCAUUGGAUCAUCAGAAUCCAAAUACUUACAUGAAGUAUCAAUCGAAAUUCAAACGUGCCAACAUACAAGCAUGUUACUGGAACUUGGAGCCCGACUACGAAUGCUUGGAGAUCGAAGAGAGCAUGACUCACCACCGUGAUCCUAACGCACCCCAAAAGCUCGAUGCGGCUGCUCUUGCGGAGUUCGAGAAUGAUCAAGAAAUGAUGGCUCUAUACGAGAGGAUCGACAUGUUGACGGAAAGAAUAAAUCGACGGCCAGGAGAGCAGCCCGAUCUUGCAAAUGAACGAGAAAAGCUGUACACCAAAGCAGCCAAGAAACGCCGCAGCAAGAUAAAGAAGUUCAUUAAUACCUGGUGGAAGUCAUCCUAUGAUGAGUACAUUGCUGGAAGCAAUCUCACAGAGCGUGAUUCAACAAGUCUAUUUUCCAUCUACGCCAAAUACAUGCCGGAAAGACUACGUUUGCGGGAUAACCUUUUCACCGAAACACCAAUCAAUAGUGAGAUCGGACGACAGUGCAUGCUGGAUAUGUUUCGAUAUCCAAAGUCGGUCUAA